GAUGAUUUAGACGCUUGCCCUAUCCCUACUCUACAUGCCAUCAGCGCAAUGGGAACUAAACUUUGCUUCUACCGCCAUCAGAAUGGCGUCAUUGAGCCUCCUUUCAUCCCCGGUCACCCGGAGGUGCUUUUGGACACGGCACCUCGAGAACGCUGGGACUGCGAUGUCCUAGAGGAGGCGGGUAUUGAAAGACUCCGGGCGGUGGUGGAAGACAUCAAGCAGAGCUGUGCGGGUGUUUAA